AUUAGCCCCAAUUGAACUGAGCUGCUGCGACGGACGAAGAAGACGACCGACGAACCUCCAUCUCCAACUCCGGCGCUCCUCCAUCUCCGGCGACCCCACUCCGGCAACCCUCCAUCUUCAUCUUCAACACUCUUUACUCCUUAUUCUAGGCAUGGAGGUGAUAGCGGAUCCUGGGCCGAGUGAUCCUUCUGUCCUGACACUGCAGGCCUCACACAGGAGUGAGGAUGUUUGGCUUGGCAUGGAUGUGCAGGUUGAUAGGUGCCGCGAGCAUCUGCGGGGUUUGUCCCAUUUACAUGUCGACCCCAGAGUCCUAGCAUAUGUUCGUGCAACAGGUUUUUUUACACUGCACAGGUUAGUGGCUACUGUGCCUUUAGAUAGAGCCCUCCUCACUGCUCUACUUGAGCGUUGGAGGCAGGAGACACAUUCAUUUCACCUCCCUGUUGGUGAGGUCACUGUGACAUUGGGAGAUGUGGCUGUACUGACUGGGUUAGAGGUUGAUGGGAGAGCUGUUACAGGCACUGCUUGUCGACAGUGGGUGG